GGGGAUCGUGGAGAAUAUAAAAGGUAUGCACACAGCUAGAGCGCACAGACACAGCUGGCCGCUGCCAAGGGGCCACCUUCUCCUCUUCUAUCUGGAUAGAAAACAGAGGAACGCAACCUCACUUAUUUUACGCAGAGGCUAUCUGCUUCCACACAUUUUUUGGAAACUCUUUCACUCUCUCUCCACUUCUUGUCCUUUAGUCGGGCCCGCUCUCCCCUUCCAGACAAUUUAAGUUCCUAUAAAUAAUUGUGUGAGCAAGUUUUCAGCACAACGGGCAGAGUGGACAGUGCCGCAGCGGCCGCAGCAUGGAGCCGUACACGGUGCCGGGGGCUCAGCUCUCCAUGUCCGACCUUUACUCCGUCAUCCCCUUCAAUGUCACCUUCCCGGACGAGGAGAGGGGCUUGGUGGGCGACGGGGUGCAGAACUACACCGAGCAGCAGAGUCCGGUGAGGAGCACCGGGGGUAUAAUCAUAGCCAUAUCCAUCACGGCUCUCUACUCCGUCAUUUGCGUGGUGGGACUCCUGGGCAACGUCCUCGUCAUGUACGGGGUGGUCAGAUACACCAAGAUGAAGACAGCCACAAACAUCUACAUCUUCAAUUUGGCUCUAGCUGACGCCUUGGCCACAAGCACACUGCCCUUCCAGAGCGCCAAAUACCUCAUGAACACCUGGCCGUUUGGGGAAGUCCUGUGCAAGCUCAUUAUUGCCAUCGACUACUACAACAUGUUCACCAGCAUCCUUACACUUACCAUGAUGAGUGUGGACCGCUACAUUGCCGUGUGCCACCCAGUUAGGGCUCUGGAGUUUCGGACAGCGGCCAAGGCUAAGAUGAUCAACGUGCUCAUCUGGGUCCUGUCCUCUGCGAUUGGGGUACCCAUAAUGAUCAUGGCUGUGACCAAAGUGGCAGAUAAUGGUAAAAUCAUGUGCAUGCUGAAGUUCCCUGACCCUGACUGGUACUGGGACACAGUGACAAAGAUCUGCGUCUUCAUCUUUGCUUUUGUGGUUCCUGUGAUGGUCAUCACCAUCUGUUACGGCCUGAUGAUCCUGCGUCUGAGGAGUGUUCGUCUGCUCUCAGGCUCCAAGGAGAAAGACCGCAACAUGCGCCGCAUCACCCGCAUGGUCCUGGUUGUGGUGGCGGCCUUCAUCAUCUGCUGGACCCCCAUCCACAUCUUCAUCAUUGUGAAGACCAUGGUGGAGAUUGACAGCAGGAACCCGUUUGUGAUAGCCAGCUGGCACCUGUGCAUCGCCUUAGGGUACACCAACAGCAGCCUCAACCCUGUCCUCUACGCAUUUUUGGAUGAAAACUUUAAGCGAUGCUUCAGGGAUUUCUGCCUUCCCUGUCGGACCCGUGUGGAGCAGCACAGUUUGAGAGGCCACAACACCACCAGGGAGCCGGUGUCCGUCUGCACUCCAACAGAAGCAGGGAAGAAGCCGGCAUGACUAGGCAUGGACUGGGUCCCCCACAGCUCUCGCUCGAGGAGGAUCCAGCAAGAUCUACAAUCAGAGGUCACCCAGAUCUCCACAACAGAGUUUUAAGAGAUCUUUGCAAGAAAAAGCUAUCUCUCAAAGAAUUGAGUCAUGCCACUUAUUUUCUCCAAUUUGGCUGACAUUCUAGACAUUUAAAGGACUAGCUAAAGAUAAUAGAAAAAAGUUUCACUCUGAUCUUACUUUUCUAUUAAAGUUCUGGUAACAAAGUGAAAUCUGACACCUUGCAAAGUUAGUGACAGCAGAUGGGGUGAAACUUUUUGAUCAUGCAAAAAGGACAAAGAAACACCUGCAGGUGUUUGUUAUCAAGUAAAGAAUGCAGACACCAUCCAUUCAGAGUGUAUUGUAAUAAAACAGACUGACACUGUCAGGGUUAAAAAGGGUGCAACAAAAGUGUGUGAAACACUGGUCUCUUCAAUUCAGUUUGUUCUAAGCAACACCUUCCUGUACAUUCAAGGUAACAAAUGACAUUUUUGUGAUGAAGGAGCAUUUUGAGGGAGAAAAACAACAUCUUUUUUACUGUGUAUUUAACAUCAACACAACACAAAUGAGACUUACAGAGCAGAACCACAUGACGAAUGAAUUACGCCAUAGUUUGUUGCGCAGCAAGAUCAGCCACUCUACAUCGAGAAGAAGGGAAAUCUUGUUUUUAAUUCAGCCAACAUUUUUUAUAGCAAAAAGAGACAUUUGUUCUUUGUUUUUUCCCUUUAGCCUCUGCCAUCAACCGCAUUAGAAGAGAAGUGUCUGUCUCAAUGUUCCAUGGAUUUGAAAGUAUCUGUCAUAAAGAACAUGUAAUCAUAAUGAAGCCUAAUUUUUUUGUGCUCAGAUGGAAAAAAAUCCAUGAUAGCAUCAAACUACUCAAUCUUCACUGCAAAAACUAAAAUCUAAGUAAGAUUAAUUAAUUAAAGGCAAAAUAUACUUGUUUUUUGUCUGACAAGAUAUUUCUCUUAUGUAAGAGAAUUUCACACGUUUCAAGUUUUUCUGCCUUAUGUAGAGAGUUAUAUUAAAUAUUCUUGUUCUGUUGGCAGAUAAUUUUGCUUAUUUUAACUAAUAUUCCCCCCAUUUUAAGGCUUUUCCCCUUGUUUUUGAGAGCUCACUUUUUGCAGUGUUGGAUAUCUAAGGACGUCUUUUCUGCUCACUUAUUUGACUUUCAUGGGUGGUGUCAACCCUGUAGAGAGCCUGUGAGCAGAAUCACUAAAGAAUGAUGAACCUGCCAUUGAAGAAUGCUGUUGGCAGCCACAACACUUCAGUCAUCUUAUUGGUUCAUUGAUUAAAACAAAUGUAAAGUGGAGGAACACACCGAAACUCCGAGAACAGCUUCAUCACAGUGUAGAUAAGAUGCCUGUCCUGAUGUCAACAAACAAACCGGUUCAAGGAAAUUGAUCUGCAUUUUAAAUGACAUCGUGUAUCUAUUGGGGCAAAAAUCUUAUGAAUAGCAUUAACCAGAAUGGUAAUUCUUUCUGGGUCAUUUAUUUACUCCAACAGAUCUUGACACCAAUCAGAUUGGAGACAUCCAUAAAUGGAUGCUGUGAUGUUAAUGACUCCACUGUGCAUACCAGAUGAGGUAUGUCAGAGGUAAUAAUAUGGAAUUUGGAAAUAUGUGGAAAUGUUUUGAAGGCUAAACACUGUGUUGACAUGCAAACAUGCCAGAAUAUGUUAUAGUUUUGAUCAAUGUUGAAAUGUGACGAAUGUGGUAAAUGUGGGACACAUAAAACUCCAAACUGAAUAUAAAUCCACAAAGAUGAGGGUGUAAGGAUAGAGGUUGUCGUCUGAUGUACAUAUUGUAUAUUGAGGCAUAUUUGUGACACUGGGCUGUAUAAAUGAAAUUGACUUGAAAAAUGAAAGGAAAAAAGUCAAUACAUAUGAAUCUGUAGAUAAUAUAAAGCUUUUGCAUUUGAACAAAUUUGGCUUCAGCCAUUGUCAAAGUGACUUCAAGGUGUGCCUGUGAUUCUGUAUGCUUUCUUAAGACUUUUUGGAUCUUAAUAUUUCACCACCAUGCUUUUGACUCAUGAGGCUCAAAUGAAUGAAAAAAAGAAAAUAAGGUAAGGGUAGAACAAUCAAAAGCUACUCUGUUUACAGGGUUGACUGUAGAGUUAUCUACAGAGUCAGGGACAGAGACAAUAAACAUUGACUAUUCUGA